GCGAACAAUUGCGGCAUAAAUGCGAAAGUGUUGGCCGACGCCCUCCAAGGGUUAGGCAUUUCGGGCGAAAAGCUGAACAAAUCGGGCAAAAAGAAGAAGACGUCGAUCAGUGAGUCGCCCAAUAGGUUCGGCGCGCCGAUGACCGAACGCUCGCACACCUCACCCCUGCCCACGGGGCUCGACAACAUGUCGGGGUUCACGGGCUUCCCGGAGCAGCCCUAUGGGGGCGGCGCCGACCCGACCGGCAAUCAGUUGAACCGGUCGUUCAGGGAUAGCGUCGGUAAUAGGGAUCAGGCGCUGCAGCAGGUGCUCGACCGCAGCGCCGCUCACCUCAUCGGUCCCGACGGCGAUAGGAGGCGUCGCUACGCGUUAGACGAUUUCAAUUUUAUUAAAGUCUUAGGGAAAGGCAGUUUUGGCAAAGUAAUGUUAGCCGAAAAGAAAGGUACGGACGAAGUAUACGCCGUAAAAGUGCUCAAAAAGGAUGUCAUACUCCAAGACGACGACGUGGACUGCACGAUGACCGAGAAGCGCAUACUGGCCCUCUCGGCCAAACACCCGUUCCUCACAGCGCUUCACUCCUGUUUCCAAACGCCGGAUCGGCUGUUUUUUGUGAUGGAGUACGUGAACGGUGGGGACCUUAUGUUUCAGAUACAAAAGGCCCGUAAGUUCGAUGAGCCCCGGGCCCGGUUCUAUGCAUCCGAAGUCACAUUAGCUCUUAUGUUCCUCCAUAAAAAUGGUGUUAUUUAU